AUGGUUUUUCAAGUUAACAAUUGGGAAAUUGGCCACGUUGUUUUCGUUCUAUUUGAUAAACUAGUUCCAAAAACUUGUAAGUAUUUCAAACAGUUAUGUAUAAAUAAAACUGAAGGAUACUUGAACAGUUUUAUACACAGAAUUGAUAUAAAUAAUGGUUUUAUUCAAGCCGGGCGAAUCUCAAAUAAAAUGGCGUAUUUAAAAAAAGAAAACUUUUUAGUAAGUCACGAUAGAAGAGGUGUGCUGUCUUUAGCUGGUAGACGCACAUAUUUCAAUGGUUCGGAAUUUAUUAUUAGUUUUCAACCAAAUCCUUGGAUGAACGAUAAAUAUGUGGCGUUUGGACAUGCUGUCGAGGGCGAGAAGACCUUAAAAACAAUUGAGAAAUUGUCAUACGCUCGUGAAAUCUCCGACCGACAAAUUCGUAUAACUUCGUGCGAUGUACUGCCGAACUGUGCUCGUUCUGUAAAAACAAAAAUAGACGAAUUUUUGUACACAACUAUCGACAAAAUUGUUGACAAAGCUAUGUUCACGUACGCGUACGGUAAACCCAAACCACUCCACUUGCCCAUCAUAACUGAUCUCGAGUACGUAGAAUCGAUUAUUCGGACCUUAACGAACAACGUCAUGGGUAAAAUCGUAGACUCUGCAUCACCUCAAGAAACCAAACCAUUAAUUGAUGAGGAUUAUUCGAAACGCUCAAAACUACGUCUGGGUUCCAUGACUAUUCCGAGCGCGCCAUCUAGCUGCAAGGACGAAACGAAGAGAAAACAUUCUCUGAUAAAGUUGAAGCCAUAUUCUGCCGGGUUUAACGAAACUGCGAGUCGAAUACUCGAAACAGUCGGAACUGAAAACAUUUCUACGAUCAAAUCGGAAGCUUGCAGUGCAAUAUCGAUUGGCAAAAACACCAAAUACGGUGUCAAUUUACCAGCAAAUCACAAGUAUUAUUGGAAAUAUAAAAAAAUAUACGACGGCAUUGCCGAUUGA